CGUAUGCAAUUUAUAAGUGCAUGCGUAUCAUCCAUCACCCUCUGCUAGAGUAUCAAAGUUUAUCUGAAUUGAAAAAGAAGAAAAAACAGAAGCAGAGGCAGCUUGGCAACGACACCGUUUCCAAAUCCCUCACGCGCGCGAUGGCGCAUGCAGCAAGGCUCGAUCUGCGAAUGCAGAAGGAGCUGAAGCUCCUCGCCACCGAUCCACCUCCGGGCGUCUCCCUUCCCUUCCUCUCCAACCAAAGCAGCAGCGGUUCUUCUUCUCUAUCCACCAUCGACGCCCGGAUCGAAGGGCCCGAAGGAACCGUCUACGCCAAAGGGAUCUUCAACAUCAGGAUUCAAAUACCCGACAGGUAUCCUUUCCAGCCUCCCAAUGUGACGUUCGUAACGCCCAUCUACCACCCUAACAUCGACAACGGUGGCCGCAUCUGCCUCGAUAUUCUCAAUCUUCCACCAAAGGGGGCAUGGCAACCAUCUCUGAAUAUUUCGACAGUGCUAACAAGCAUCGGGUUGUUAUUGAGUGAGCCCAACCCAGAUGAUGGCCUAAUGUGCGAAGCUAGCAGGGAGUACAAAUACAAUAGGCAAGCUUUCGACCAGAAGGCACGGUCUUGGACUGAGAGGUAUGCUAAGCCUGGGACUGGUGGGGAUAGCAGCAGCAGAGGGCUUCUGGUAAGCCCAAGCACGAUGGAAGUUGAGGGAGUGGAACCUGGGUUCAAAAGUGCCAUCGACAAGUGCGAGAGUCGUCGAAAGAAACUGUGUGGUAUCAGUGGAAAGUUGUCACUGGAAACAUCAGUACCACUAAAGAGGAAGAACAGUGAUAACAAAGAGGAUGCCAUCCAAAAUGAUAACAAGGAGAACGUGGGGCCAGUUCGGCGUUUGUCACUCUCACACUCCCAAAGACAUUUUGCAGAUUCAGUGAAGUCCCUACCAUUGUUGCAGGCUGGUAGCUGUGUUGAACAACCACAUUCUCUUCACUGUCCUGGAAAACCUGUGAAUGCCAUUAUCAAUCAACAAGAACAAGUUUCAGACGUCCCUGCAAGGCAUUUUGGAGAUUCAUUGAUGUCCCUGCCAUUUUCACAGGCUGGUAACUGUGAUGAACAACCACAUUCUCUUCAAGACUCCAACGGAAAACCUGUGAAUGCUGUCAUCAAGCUGCAGGAACAGGUUUCAGAUGUCCCUGCAAAUCAUUUUGCAGAUUCAUUGAAGUCCCUGCCGUUGUUGCUGGCCAGUAACUGUGUUGAACAACCACAUUCUCUUCAAGACUGUGCUGGAAAACUUGCGAAUGCUGCCUUCAAGCAACAGGAACAAGUCCCAGAUGUCCCUGCAACUGUGAUUGUGUCUGACAGUGAAGAAAGCGAGGAAGAAGGCAAAAGACCUGCAAGGUUGAGAUUGUCUCUCGGACGAAAGCGUUUGGUGGGAAAGUGGAAAGCUAAAGCAUGCAACUGAAAUAUUCAUUGUGUAUCUGACUCCCUCAUUUCACCCAGGCCUCUUCUGGUGAUAAGACUAGAUACUUGUGGUACAUGUGGAUAGAAUUGCAAAAUGCUGCUUCCUUUGGGAGCAUUCUGUAACUUCUGUUUCCCUUGUUAGAUUUGACGUCUGAACUAUUAGCAACUAAAAUAUCUAACAUGGUGCAAACUCUACCAAUUGUUUCUUCAUUUCAA